AUGGGUAUCCUAGGUCAUCACAAUCUCGACCCUGUCGCUGAGCCUAUCGCCUUAUUCGAACAAUUUGUCGCGAAGGAGCCGCAGACAAUAGUCCUGAGAGAGAAGGUGCUCUCUGUCUCUGGUGAUAGCUUUGAAAUCAAAUUGGCCAAUGGCGAGCCGUUUUUGAAAGUUCACGGAGCCUGGGUAUCGCUUUCUGGUCGCAAGAAGGUAGAGGACGCCCAUGGCAACCACCUGUUUGAUAUUGUCAAGGAGCUUCUGCAUAUCCAUGCGACCUAUGCAAUCGAAGACACCCAUCACAAGAAGAUUUGCGAGGUGAAGAGUAAUCUCACAUUGGUCGGCUCCAAAGCCACUGCCAGUUUCACUGAUCGUUACGGCAAGGCUGUGACUCUCAAUAUGAAAGGAGGCUGGUUCGAUUACACUGCUGAUAUUGUUGACCAUAAAAGCGGCCAAACGGUGGCUCGCAUUGAUCGGAAACUGCUUAGCGGCCGCGAUCUUGCGUUUGGCCAACAGACCUAUGCCGUUGUUGUCGCACCUGGUGUGGACGCAGCACUGAUCGCUGCAUUAUGUAUUUGCUUUGAUGAGAAGAAUAAUGAUGAGCGCGGCGAAUAG